AUGGAUUUACGAAAAGAAGAACUUGAAAAAUUAUUUCAAAAAAUGGAAAACUAUAUCAAUGAGAUUUCACCUACUGAAAAUAAAAAAGAAAUAUUAAAAACCACGAUGGAUAACAUUAAAAAACUCACAAAUCAAUUAUUUAUUGAUUGGCAAGAAAUGCAAGAUACAUAUAAUAGCAUAAAAGAAAAACAUAAUAAAGUUUGUGAUGAAAAUGUUAAUAUGAAAAACAAACUAGCAGCAUCUGAUGAAAAAUUCGAAAAAGUAGUUGAAGAAGAAGAAAAAAGCUAUUUUAUUUUACAACAGUUAAAUGCUCAUUUACUUACGACUUGUGUAGAUGAAAUUAAACGUGCAUAUGAAGAAAUAAACGAAGAAAAUAAACAAAAUAAUAGUAUUUUUUAUGAUUUUAUAAAAGAUUAUAGACCAUAUCAUUUAAACCAAAUAAAAAACUAUUUAAAGCUAACAGAAGAACAACAGAAGAACAAAGAUCCACCAAAGAAAAUAAUACAUGAUGUCAUAUGCAGAUUUUCUAAAAAAUCAAAUAUGGAUGCAAAAGAUUUUAUUGAAAUUCUUAUUCAAAAAUCGCAAAGAAAUCAUGAUGUACAUGGAUAUAUAGACGAUCAUUUACAAGAUAUUGUUGUUGAUAAAUCAAAAGCAACUGAUAUUAUAUCAUUCAUUGAAAAUAAAAAAAAAUGUAGCAUUAUUAUAAGUAAAAAAGACACAGAUAAAUUAUUAAAAUUGGUAAACAUGAACGUUAAACACCUUCAAGAUGAGCUUGAUACACGAAAAAACAUAUGGAAAUAUUUCGAUAUAUCAUCAGCAAAUGAUGUCAAUUUUGAAGAUCGUCCAUUUCGAAUGCCAAUUGAAGAUCAUUAUGAAGAUAAUGGUACAUUUGUUACUGGUACAGUUGAAUCAGGGAAUUGUCGUGUUGGUACUCCAUGUGUAAUUAUGCCAAAUCAAAAACAUAUUCGAGUUACACAGAUUUAUUGUAACAAUAUUAAACGUAAUUCUUGUACUUUUGGACAAUAUGUUGCACUUAAAUUACAAAAUGUUAAAAAUGAAGAAAUUUCACCUGGACUUAUUCUAUGCAAUGCUCGACAAGAACUAUGUAGAGUUGGACGAGUUUUUGAUGCACAAAUUGGAAUUCUUAAUUAUACAUCAAUUAUACGUCAAGGUCACCCAGCUGUCCUUCAUAUUCAUACAGCUGUUGCUGGAGUGCAAUUAAAAAGAUUAAUAACUUUAAUCAAUCAUGAAACAGGUGCAAUAACAAAACAACAUCCAAUAUUUAUAAAACAAGGUCAAGUAGCUACAGCAACGCUUAAAUUAUCACAACCUGAACAAAUCAUAUGUAUGGAAUUAUUUGAAAGUUUUCCACAACUUGGUCGAUUCACAUUAAGUAGUGGAGGUCGAACAAUUGCUGUUGGAAAAGUUAUAAAAAUCAUUGAAUGA